AUGGAGAUUCCUUUGCGCAACAUCGCUCUGGCAGUUACCACAGAUGACUUAACAAUCGAGUUCGCCAAGAUACUUCAUAAGCCCCCUUUUCAAACCAGUUCUCUCAUGAAUUUUGAAAUCCACCUCUCGGACGAGUCACACCCUGACGGACAGCAAGGCACCCUCACUUUGCCAACAAAGGAUGCUGGGGCCACUCUCUUGCGUGCUCAUGGUGGCGCAAGGAUUGUCGUCAAAGGUCGACCAGUCCUCAUCAGCAAGAGCACGCAGGCGAUCCACGAGUCCCGUAUUGAGAGGUUGAAUAGCGUUCCAUGGCGCGACCCAAUACAGUUGCGAGAAGAGCAGGAAAGGCUUCUCAGGAGAAACCAGUCUUUCCAGCUUCUCCGCUACUCGUUCGGCCGCUUCCUCCGGGACGGAUCUUUUGCUUCGCGAGUCUCCCCUCUUGGCACAGCUAAAGUUAUCUGUGAUCCAGAGCCGAGGCAGAUACGCUUCACUUUCGAGCCUCGACAAAACACAUCUAACGACCUCUUUGUGGAUAUUUUUGGACGCCUAACCCGAGUCACCACCGCAUCUUAUGCGCCUCACAAUAUCGCAACACUGAUGGGUAACCGGAAUGAAGAUACCGCUAUUGUCCGUGUGGUUGGCUUGGGGCGUAAUGAUCACAUGCCUCCGGGAUGCCAUAGUCUGAUACUGGCCUUUAAUAGCCAGUCAGACGCAGAUAGAUUCACUUACGCAUGCUGCAACCGUCUCCAUCUGCGUUACUCCACACAACACCAUAUCCGAAUUCAUGAUCACACCUUGAACAGUACAUCUGUUGAGACGCUUCACGAGUCACUCUCUCAGAUUCCAUACAAGCUUGGGUUUGAAGUAGAAAAGACCGUCGCAGGCUCUCUUUUGAGUGCGAUGGACAUUCUUUCGCUGAAGGAGGUCAUCCUAUCGUUGCAAGCUGAACAUGGCGACGAUGCGCCAGAAAUAUUUCGGUCUUUUGCCUCGGAGCUUGCAGGACGUAGUGCAAGCCGUACAAAACGUCGCAAAGGCCGGGCACGCGGCAAUCCAGCCAAGAGAGAGCAUCAAAAGCCCCGUCCUCUUCUAGCUCUGCCACCACAAAGUGGGGUCUACCUAUCCUACCAUCUCAUCCUAACGCCGACACGGUAUAUCCUAGAGGGACCUGUCCCAGACCAGUCUAACAGUGUCUUACGUCGCUAUGGACAUCCCGAGUGCUUCCUGCGUGUCUGCUUCCAGGACGAGAAUGGACCAAAGCUUCGUCGGGAAGCCGAUUGUUCCAUUAUAGACUUUUUGGGAGUGCGAUAUCGCUCUAUUCUCCUCAAUGGCUGUCGUGUCGCUGGACGCCAAUUCCAGUUCUUGGGAUAUUCUAUGAGCGGCCUGAAAGAACAUUCAGUGUGGUUUGUAACGCCAUUCAAGGAUGAGGAUGGGAAAUUGCUGAAUGCACAAUCGAUCCGGGACAACCGGUGGUCUCAAGCCUUCUCCGGCACUGAUCCAUCAAUCACACUUCUUCCCGAAGAAGUAGAUUUCCGUUGCCCCGACAAAUACUCGCCUUCUGGCGGGCUUAUGACAGACGGGUGCAGUUCCAUAUCAGUUGAGCUUGCUAAGGAGGUAUGGAGGUCUAUGCAGAAGGGGGAAAAGCGAUCUGCAAAGCUACGACAUGUUCCAUCGGCUUUCCAAUUUCGACUUGGCGGGGCCAAAGGCAUGGUUGUUCAAGACCCCACCAUUCAAGGAAGGCUCGUCUGCCUUCGUCCGUCACAGAUCAAGUUUGAUGCCCCCGAGAAUCUCACUUUUGACGUUCAAUCGACGUCAGCUGAACCAAUACCGGUGUUCCUCAAUCGCCCACUCAUCUCCCUUAUGGAGUUCUUGGGUGUAGACACUCAAAGAAUUAUUGAACUACAGGACGAUGACAUCCGCAAAGCUCAAUCCGUCCGGUCGUCAUGUACCAAUGCCUCCAAAGUUAUUCAGCAACAUGGACUUGGGGCAUCCUUCCACCUACCGUCUCUCUUCACAAACCUAUCGUCCAUUUUGCAACUCGAAAUUGGAGACACGGAGGAUGACCCGUCUCUGUGGACCAGCAAGCUCAUUGAAAGCUCCCUGCAGUGCGUCGAAACAUACAUCCUGCGGGAACUAAAGUACCGUGCGCACAUAGCAGUGCCGGGUUCGUAUACCUUGCUUGGCGUCUCUGAUGAAUGGGGCUGCCUGAGAGAGGGAGAGAUAUAUGCAACCGUGUUUAAUGAAAGGACGGGAUUUGUCCAGGACAUCACGGGCGAGGUUGCCAUAACGCGUAGCCCACAAAUUCACCCAGGCGAUCUGCAAGUUGUGACAGCCGUACAACGGCCAGAAUUGGAACACCUGAAGAAUGUCGUCGUUUUUUCCUGCGAGGGCGAGCGAGCGCUUGCAUCAUGUCUGGGUGGAGGCGAUCUUGAUGGCGAUAUUUUCAAUCUAAUUCUUGAUCGAAGACUACUACCAACGAAACAGUUCGAACCCGGAGAAUAUCCGGCAGUGACCAUCAGAUCGAUACCGAAUGCGUGUGGCAUCUCCGAUGUCGCAGAUUUCGUAAUUGACUAUAUUCAGGCCGACCUCAUUGGUCCCAUCGCCAUAAGUCAUCUCAGGUUUUCUGACUUGAAGACUCCAAAUUGCACGGAAUGCAUUCAGCUCGCGAAGUUUGCCUCCCAGGCACUCGAUUUUCCGAAGAGCGGCACUCCUGUAAACUUCAAAUCCUUACCUUGGCUUCGGAGGACCCAAGCUAGGCCAGAUUUUCUUGCCAAAGAAGGCGCUAAUAUCACCGGCGGGCAGUACUACACCAGCACAAAGCUACUCGGUCAACUUUUCCGUCGGGUGCCAAUGAAGAGGGGGAUACCUACUGCAUGGAACGGGAAUUCCUCUCCAUCAGACGGAGCAACUGUGGAGACCGCGCUCUCUUACAUAGACCUACGUCAUCUUGGCCUUCCAGGAUUGACUGACCCGAGUGAAGAGUUGAUGGAGGAAAUGACAUAUUUACUCAAUGCAUAUUGCGAACAGCUACUGAUUGUCGGACAAGCGCACACAGUGUCAAAAAACAAGAAUAUUCACGUCUCCGAGGCCGAACUGGUGAGCGGGACCAUCAUGGCGAAUUGGUCCGACCAUCAACGUCGGCGGAAUGCAGUCUCCGCGAUGAACUUGCAGAGACAGAAGCGCACGAGGAGGAGGACCAGGAGACACUGGAGACAGAAACGUACACCGGAGACAGAAACGGACGAGGAAGAAGAUUACGAAGAUAUGACCUUCCACGAACAGUGCGAAGAGUCAGAACAGCGAGUGAUGGCAGAAACGUUCAAGCGCUGUUGGGCGGCGUGGUGUGUAGCAGAAGAUAACCUAAUGGAAAAUCCCAGUAUGUUUGGAGCUCAGAGUUUUGGUUUAAUCGCCCUGGGCAUGAUACUCGAGAUUGUGAAGACGUCUCGUCUCAUGAUGUAA